CUGGUUCGGUUAUGUGCCGCUCGUUAAUGUGGCGGUUUUGCAGUUUAAUUUCAGCUUUUCAGUUGCUUACGUUGCAAAAGGAAUAUUAAAGUUUAAGUUUAUUUUAUUAAUUGUGAAACCAAAAAAUAAAAACUUAUUUUAUUAAGAAAAAGUUAACAAAAAUAAAAUAUUAAAAACCGUUCAUUUAUAUUUAAAAUUUUUAUUAAAAAUAAAGCAAUAAUUUUGUACUGAAAUUUCUCUUUAAACAAUAACGAAAUACUCAAAAUAUAGAUAGCAUCGUCUGGAGUUUAAAAUUUUUCGACUAUUUAAUUUAAUUUGUUGUUUUUGGUUAAUUGAAAUUUCUUGUCUGAGACAAAAAAAUAUACUGGAAUUAAUUUUUUUUUAUAAACUUAAGUGAUAAUGUUUAAAACUUUGCCUCGUAUCUUUAUGCAAAUUGUUUUAAAUUUAUGGUUUAAAUUAUUAAAACGUGGUGUUAAACAUAAACGCUAAUAAAUGGAAAAGUGAUCAUUCUAUUUGAACAUUACAUAUAUAACGGAAUUUUUAUAAAAUGGAUUCUCCUUUUGAAAAAAAAAAUAUUCCAUCACAUCAUCAGCAGCCGCAGCAGCAGCAAUUGCCACAUAAAUUAUACAAAAGGAAAAUACAUAAUAUAAAAAAAAUAGUUCCUGUCAAAUCAAUUGCUGCUUGGUUGAUUAAAAGUAAAGUGAAUUAUUAAGAAAAUCAACAAAUCUGACAUUGUCGUCGUAUAAAAGCAACACGUACUGACUGAGAGAGUCCUUAUUAAAAACGAAACGAAAUCAAAAAUCAAACCUACCUCACAAAAAUUUAAAAACGAAACCAAGCAGCCAAGCAACAACCACACUAAACAGCAAAUCCAACAAACAAACAAGCAAAUAGUAUUCAACCAGUACCCUCAGUCAUUAAGACAAGCAUCGAACAAUUCAGUCAACUGGCCAAAAAGCAACCAGCUGUAUACAAAUUUCAUUUCGUUGAGUUUGGAAAUUUGUUCCUUUUUCAUUUUUUAUUUUAAAUAUUAACGUUAUGACUUGAAGCCCAGACACAUUAUUCAACCAGCCAAUCUUUUUGUUGUUGUUAUUGUGAAUUUCGUUUAAAAUCUCCACUUUUACACAAAUAUUUAUUUAUAUAAAAACGAAACAAGCAUUAAAUCUCUCGAAAUUAUACAUCCAUCCAGUCCAGUCAAUUCAUCUACAACAGCUUUUCUUUUUUUUUCUUAUAUCUUUGGCUGGUGGGUUUUGUAUUUUUUCCAUCAUUUUGGCCAUUUGCCAGAGAAAAGUUAAAAAUAAAUAAAAAAUAUAGGAAAAACUAGUUUUAGUUUUUUUUUGCUACCAACAAAUAUCAGCUUUAACAAAAAAAAAAAAAAAAAAAAAAUACCAUUUAUAAAACAAAAUAAAAAUUUGUAACAUUAAAAACUCAUUUUGAAAUCAGUGGAAGUAUUCUGGCCACCAAUCUGUUCUGUCCGCUUGUAUCUAUUCAUCUUUGCAUCAUCAGCAUCAUCAUUGUUAUUUUGUUCCUGUAAAACACUUUUGCCAUGUCCGCUUCAAUAUUGGCAUUAUCGUCCUCUAAUGGUAACGGAAAUAACACUACUAAUAACAAUGGCAACAAUUCCAGUAACAACAAUGGCAACCCUACAACAACGUCUAUUGCACCGAAUGGUACAAAUCGUGAAUUUGUUGAAGGUUGGACAUUGGCACAAACAUUGGGUGAAGGUGCAUAUGGAGAAGUAAAAUUGUUGAUUAAUCGUCAAACCGGUGAAGCUGUUGCUAUGAAAAUGGUCGAUUUGAAAAAACAUUCGGAUGCUGUUCUAUCGGUACGUAAAGAAAUUUGCAUACAGAAAAUGCUACAGGACCAACAUAUACUACGAUUUUUCGGUAAUCGUUCACAUGGUCAUAUCGAAUAUAUAUUUUUGGAAUAUGCUGCCGGUGGUGAAUUAUUUGAUCGUAUUGAACCCGAUAUUGGCAUGCCACAGCAUGAAGCACAACGUUAUUUCACACAAUUACUAUCGGGAUUGCAGUAUUUGCAUCAACGUGGCAUAGCACAUCGUGACUUGAAGCCAGAAAAUUUACUAUUGGAUGAACAUGAUAAUAUAAAAAUAUCCGAUUUUGGAAUGGCAACCAUGUUUAGAUGCAAAGGCAAAGAACGUUUGUUAGAUAAACGUUGUGGUACAUUACCGUAUGUGGCACCUGAAGUACUCUUAAAACCCUACCAUGCACAGCCUGCUGAUAUUUGGUCAUGUGGUGUUAUCUUAGUGACAAUGUUAGCUGGUGAACUGCCCUGGGAUCAACCUUCGAUUCAGUGUCAGGAAUUUAUCAACUGGAAGGAUAAUGAUCGUUGGUCCACCCAAACACCCUGGAGUAAAUUGGAUACUUUGGCUAUAUCACUGCUGCGCAAAGUUUUAGCUACAAAUCCCACUUAUCGUUUGUCGUUGGAUAAAAUUUUAGAUCAUAAAUGGUGUAAUAUGCAAUUUAUUGAUAGUGAUCGUUCACGUGAUUUGGUUGAUUCCGCUGCUGCCUUAGAGAUACGCUCACCGAAAGCCAAACGUCAAAGACAAAUGUCUAGUCAUCACAGUAGUCAUAAUAUGGAUGAUUCCAUAUCACGUAACUAUUGCUCACAACCUAUGCCAAUAGUUAAACAUGAUUUCGAAGCUCCCACUAAACAACAAGAGGCCAAUAUACAUCCAGCUGCUCAGGAACAUCGUCUUGGUUUCUGUUUCUCUCAACCCGCCAUGUUGGAUGAUCUAUUGCUGUGCACUCAAAUGAAUCAAACACAAUCUGCUUCGCAAAAUGUAUUCCAACGUUUGGUACGACGUAUGACACGUUUCUUUGUGACACUACGCCAAGAGGAUACCAUUAAACGUCUGGUCACCACAAUCGAACGUCUCGGCUAUACCUGCAAAAUAAGUGAAGAUAAUCUGGUGGUCACUAUCUCGACCAUAGAUAGACGCAAAUUACGUUUAGUAUUCAAGGCACACAUUAUCGAAAUGGAUGGUAAAAUCUUACUCGAUUUCCGUUUAUCGAAAGGUUGUGGUCUAGAGUUUAAGCGUCGUUUUAUUAAAAUUAAACAAAUUAUGGAGGAUGUUGUACUCAAGGGACCCGUUACUUGGCCCAUAGCAAUUGCCACCAACUGUGUGCCUUAGAAUGUACUUUAAUAUUAUGUAUUAUCUCGUUUCUCUUAUUUAAAUUUAUUCGCAUUGUUUUAUUUUAAUUUAUAGUUGUAACGUAUUAAUUUCUGUUUCACUAUGAUUUUUGUUUUUGAUUAUGUCGUCUUUUAUUCUUAAAACUUUUCUUUAACUUAUUGAUGUUUUUAUUAAAAAAAAAAAACAAAGAAAGGUAACAUUGUUUUUAGCUUAAGUAGUUAGAUAAACAUUGAUAUUUUUUCAAAAUAAAAAUGACUUUUUUAAUAAAUUUUGUAAAAAAAGAUGAAUAAACUAAA